AUGUGCGCGGCGACACGUUACCACACGUCGCGCUAUGAUUACAUCACGCGUUCGUUGCGAUUCGGCGCAUGCGCGAGUUUCAAGACACUACCGGUUUGCAGACACGCCCACAGUGUAGGGUGGGAAUCCAGUAUGGCGGCGCCCGUGGUCAGGAGUCUGGAGCCUGUGCAAAUGAGGUGACUGCGCAAAUUUAGUAGAUUUCCUGAUAUUUGCUAAGCUACAUUGUGUACAACUGAACCAAUGCUGUUACAGCAGUGAAUUUUGUCAAAACUUUAAAAAAAAAAAUAUAUUUUUUUUUUAAUGGGUAUUAUAGCUCAUUGCUGGAUUAUUAUCACCAGUUAUACACAGCUGCUUAGGAAUUGAAUGUGAUGGCUGUGAAUACUCAUUCAUUUAUUUAUUUAAAAAAAAAAAACAUUUUUUGACAUGAAUUCAAUGGUUGGUUAAGCACAUUGCAUGUCUACAUAGUUUGUCCUUAGAUGUACACAAUCUAUCUGUAGCAGUCUUGUGCUGCUAAUAUGAUGGUAUUCAAAUGUUUAACAUCUUCUUUGGCAAGUUUGGUUUGUGGGGAAUUCAGUCUUGGAUAUGACAUUAAAAGAACUGUCUCUAAUGUUAGCAAUAUAAACGUAUAUCCCAUCCUAAGAUUAGUGGUGUGCUAGCUUGUUGGAGUAUUGGACCCCCAAUUCCUUGGACGCACUGAUGAUCAUCAUUCUGAUGAACUCAGCCAAUCCAUUUUAUCACAGUGAUUGCUCUCAUUCUGAGUAUGAAGAUGGCAAACCUCUGUCCUGUAAAGAAUGCAGGACCGCACCAGGAAUCCCCUUGAGUGUCUGUCUAAAUGACAGCCAACAGAGGUGGCCUUAUAAAGCAAAGCAAACACUAGCAGUGUCUAGACCACAGGAACAGUCACUUUGACCCUGAACCUCUACAUUAAGCUGGAAUUGUUUUGGUGCUUAGGGUGUCCCUUUACAUUAGAUGUGUAGUUUAUACCAAACAAAAAAAAUAAUUUGCAAACAGAUAAUAAAUAUAAAAACAAUUAAAAAUUAAUGAUUAUACUUGUAUUCAACUAUUGUUGUUUUUUCAAUGUAAUUUCUUGGACUACACCUUUGGGGUCUGAGUGGAUUGUGUGCCAUCUAAAAGGAUAACUAAUAGUCUCUCCCCCGUGCUUUCCUUUUUGCAGUUUCUUGUCAUUCCACAUGCAUAAUGCUUUUCACUUUGCCCCUCAGACUAUUUUCAAAUACCAUCAGAUGUGUCAUGUAAUUUUGACAACACUGUCAAUUCUAUAAGCAUGUGUCUAUAUGUACAAUCAGACUAACAUGGAUGUGCAUUGUAGUGGGUUAUAUAUGUAUAUUACUGUUUUUUUUUAGUUGAGACAUAUUUCAUAUAUACAAAUGAUACGUAUGAUAAAAAAUUAGUGUCGGCUCAUAGUAAAUAGGAAAAAAUAAAUCGUGUUAUGCUAACGUAAAACAGUAUGUCAAAAAAGAAAUAGCAGAAUUUACUCACAAAUAUAGUGUCCCUCAGACUGGGCUCUCAGUAAUCACAUCAGUGGCUCAUUAACCCCUUAAGGACCAAACUUCUGGAAUAAAAGGGGUCAUGACAUGUCAUGUGUCCUUAAUGGGUUAUAGGAUACUCUUUUGUCUACGUGGGGAAUCAUCCUUAAGAUGGAUUUAAUAAGACCAUAAGGAAAAUAAAGAUACAAUAGUGUGGACUGUAUGACAAAGCUGCUGCAAUAAAAGUUGUAGUGCAAUUUGAAUCGGAGCCUAAAGGUUGUUGGUGUCAGGCACAACCUUAAAAAACCUGCAGGACAGGGAAACACAUUCAUAUAGAAAAUAUUAAACUUCAGUUGGUAAUAAAUAGCAAAGUAAUUAUAAAUUACAUUUUCUUCCUUCUUCUAGUGUAGACUUAUUUUCUGUUUAUGAAUUUUAAAAAAUAGAAUUUGUAGUAAAACACCCACUUUAACAAAUGUAUUUAUGUUGUUGUGCUGAUUUCACUCUGUGGUAAAGCCAAGUGCCAUUAGUCUUGGACCAUAUUUAGGUUUAUGUGAAUGUCUCAGUGAUAUUUUUUCUCUCUCUUCAAAGUAUUACAUUUUUCAUUUCUCUAACAUGCUAAAUGAAAUGUGCCAAUUAUGUCCUUCUUUUGUACAUAUAGUGAAAAUUCUUAGGCAUAUUUUAUUUAGUUUAUUUUCAUAUCUGAUUUCAUAAUUUUACGUCUGAAUUCAGGUUACACUCAACUUAUGCAUCAUAUGUAAAAUGUGCUAUGCUGCAUUAUUUCUCUUAAAUAAUUAUUCUUGUCAUCGUGAUGUGUUUUAUUUAUUUUUAAAUUACAGUCAUAAGAAAAAACGAGCUUAUUUGAAGAAAGAAAAACGAAGAAAAAAGAGGCAGGCUCUUGCAAAAUUAAGAGAUUUAGGUAAAAUGGUUUAUCUUUUUUAAUUAUUAUUUUAAAAUAUAAAUUCACUUCUCUGUUUUGUAUGGUUAAGGACCAACUGAUGUCACUCACCUCUACAAUUUCUAAGAUGCACAUUUGCAUUGUUACUGAGAUCUUAAUGGUGUUUUCUGUUUUCCUGUUGGUUCUUUAUUUUGUAAAGAUAUAUCUAAUUAGAACCAUAAUGUGUAGCUAUUGGGUGUGCAUAAAUAUACACAUUUUGAAGUGUGCAUCUGUCAUGGCAGAUUCCACUUUACAGAGCAUAAAACAUGCAGGUCAUAAGCAGCUGUAUGUACUGCUAACCUGCCUUUAAGUGACACGACUUCAGGCAACUCAUAAUGACCAAUUCCUAACUCCUUUUUGAGUGAGUAGCAAGCAGUCUUUGAAGGAACACUAUAGGUCAGGAACACAAACAUGUAUUCUUGACCCUAUAGUGCAAAACCCACCAUUAAGGUGGCUUGCCCCCCUUAAAAGCAUAUAAACCUCACCUUAUUUCCAGCGCCCUGCCGGCACUGGCCUCGCCCCCUUGGUGACAUCAUCAGAAUAGCAGAUUUUUAGCCAAUCCAAUACUUUCCCAUGGGGAAAGCAUUGGAUUGGCUAAAAUUGGCAAUGGGCGGGGCUAAACACUGUUUUGGCCAAUCAGCACCUCCUUAUAGAAAUGCAUUGAAUCAAUGCAUCUCUAUGAGGAAAAUUUUGCGUCCCCAUGCAGAGCGUGGGGAGGCUGAACGGCAGAGCUGCCUACUGUGCAGCACUGAGCCAGGAAGCACCUCCAGUGGCAAUCUGAUGAGUGGCCUCUUGGAUGUGUCCCUAGAGCAAUGUAUUGUUUGCAUGAAAAUGCCUGAAGGCAAUGAUUGUACUCACCAGAACUACUACAUUAAGCUGUAGUUGUUCUGGUGACUAUAGUGUCCCUUUAAAGAACACUCUGGCCAUCUUAACCACUAUAGCUUAUUGUUAAGAAUCAAGGAGUAUUUGGGUGCCAUCCUCCUGUUUUGUCAAACUUUUUUCUAGUGGUUUGACAAAAGUUCUCUAAUCUCAAAGCCAGGCUUUUCUGCUUGUCAUGUGUCACCUUUGUACCAGAAAACCAUCCAAACAUGAAUUAAAAAUUGAAGACUAUCCCAUAAUCCUCUACAACAUGAAUCUCUAGAGCAUGGGCUUUUUGCCAAUCUACUGCCUUUAAUAUUCAAAUACUGAUUUAAGAAUACAUUUUACAUAAUGGUUCAGAAUAUAAAAUAGUUAAAGGUGUCAAAAGAAUCAGCCUGUUUAUUGUAACAAGUGGUCUGAUGGCAUGAUGGCACUCUCCUUCCUCCAAACAGUAAAAGAAGCUUCAAAGGUCAUUCUCUUUAUAAACGUCACUAGACUUGUACACAAAUCCUGUUCACCUGUGCUGAAUGAAUCAGAUACCUGAUAAUAGCUGAAUUAAUUGAUUAGUUUGUCCAGCGAUUAAUAGGUGUGGCAGUCACUCCGAGAGAGCAGGGGUAUCCACCACCAGAGAUGUCCAUUUCCCCUAGUGUGGGUAGUGCUGUAGUAUUCCCAAGUCGAUCUCCAAGCAGGCAAUGGAACCAGUAUAGCUGUACAGCUCUUAUAAAAGCUAGUGGUUAUAGCCGGUCUAGCUGUUUCCUACAAUCACAAGACGAGGCUGCAUGUUGAGGGUGAAGUGAACUGAUUUUAAUGGGACCACACUUGGCUUUUUAUAACAAUCCCCAUGCAAGGGGUACUCCCACCUGGACCUGAUGGAAGACUGUAGGUCAAACUUACAGACCAAUGACAACGUUGUUAAAAUACAUGACAAUUCCAUACAUCUUAUACAAUCCCUCCCCUCUGUCUGGGAGAUAAUCGAGUCAAGUACUGUACUAACUCAAUUAUAUCCAGGCAAAAAAAGAACACAAUUUUACAGGCAACCCAAAAACUCACAUAAACCCCACAAAAAAGUAUAUCCCUUGACAGCCCCGAUCUGGGUGAGCAACAUAUCCAAUCGGUUCAGGAUUUUCAUGGAAGUCUUAUUUCUGACCGGUCGCACACGAGGCUCCUGCCAAAAGUAUUUCCAUGGAUUCAGGCUGUGCAGUCGGUCUCUUUCGGGAGCUUCAAACACAACAAAAUACCGAAAGUAGCAGUUCGUUGGAAAACUAAUCAUGUGCCCCUCGUUCGGGAGUUUUGUUACACCGAACGUCGUUCCAGAGACUCGAAAUGAACGUACUUGUGGCUGGAAGUCCCAGCGGUGUUCGUGUCGUUGAGUGGCCGAUUUUAGUUUCAAGCAUUUGACGACCAAACACCGCUGAAGGUGUUCGCGGAGUUAAGGUGGCUGCCACCUCGUGUUCGGCCAUACGAACGCCGGCCACCCAGCUGUCCCCUUAGUAUGUUAUUGAUUUUGUGGUUUUCGAAAGUGUGAAAGAGGUCAACCAGGUUAAUGAGGGGCACACGAAUGCACUGGGUGGUCGAUCCAUUCGGCGAAUUGUUCGGUUCACGAAUUAAGUUUUCCAUUUUGUUCAGUGGGGUUCAGAUCAAUUAAAUAACAGUGAUUCAGGGACAGGAAAUCUGUCACAAUAGGCUGGACAGGAUUUGUACACAGUUUUAAAAAUGCCAUAUUGAAGGCAAAUAAAGUUUUGAUUCUUCUUCUCAAUAAGCUUUUACAAUACAAUAUGCAAGCUAUUUUUUACCUUGCAGAAGAAAACAAAGAGGACAACAUUUCUGAAGAUGAACUGGAAGAUGAAAAUGUUAAUGAAAUUGAAAGGUAAUUAUUUAUUAUUAUUAGCAAACUUCAGUUUGCAUCUUUUCUCUCAGUAUAUGGGGAAUACAGCUGGGUUGUUCAUAAUGGAAUUUAUUUUUAACUUUCAAGCUAUUUUUCCCCUGUGGUACAUACCGUAUUUUUCGCUCCAUAAGACGCACUUUUUUUCCCCUCAAAAGUGAGGGGAAAUGUCUGUGCGUCUUAUGGAGCGAAUGUGAAGAUUUACUUACCUGUCUUGGAGCGUGGGCCGGCUUCACAGCGCGCUCCGCGGUCCAGGAACUUCUAUUUCAGGUUCCGGUUUCCGGCGGGACUGAAAGGAAGUGUGCACACUUCCUUUCAGUCCCGCCGGAAACCGGAACCUGAAAUAUUAGUUCCUGGACCGCGGAGCGCGCUGUGAAGCCGGCCCACGCUCCAAGACAGGUAAGUAAUUAUGGGACAAGGGGAGGGGGAGACACUAUGGGACAAGGGGAGGGGAGGAGACACUAUGGGACAAGGGAGGGGGACACUAUGGGAGACAAGGGAGGGGAGGAGACACUAUGGGACAAGGGGAGGGGGACACUAUGGGAGAAAGGGAGGGGAGACACUAUGGGACAAGGGGAGGGGGGGAGACACUAUGGGACAAGGGGAGGGGGGGACACUAUGGGAUGGGACAAUGGGAGGGGGGGACACUAUGGGAUCAGAACACUAAUGGACAAGGGGAGGAGGGGUUAAAGAACACUAUGGGACAGGGUAGGAGGGGUUAACAAUCACUAUGGGACAGGGUAGGAGGGGUUAACAAUCACUAUGGGACAGAGGAAAGGGGGGUUAAAGAUCAUUAUGGGACAGGGGAGAAAAAAAAAUAUUCUGAACAAACUGUCCCAUGGUAAGAAACACUAUGGAACAGUUUGUUCAGAAUAUUUUUUUUUCUGGGUUUCCUCCUCUAAAAACUAGGUGCGUCUUAUGGUGAGGUGCGUCUUAUGGAGCGAAAAAUACGGUAUUUGUUUUAUAACCGUAAAGCAAAACUGUAGGCAUCAUAACCACUGUAUUGAGAUUACAUGAUCCUGGUUCCAGGAGUCCCCUGGUGCUGUCUUACCUUAAGGUGCUAAACAGUUUUCAAGUAGUUUAAUACUGCAGAUGUAUCCCCAGUUGUCUGUCUACUAGCCCUCUCCCUGUGCUUAAGAUAAUGGAAACUGCCUAAAGCUUUUCAUUCCCACAAUAGCUCCAUCGCUUUCUGUUGGUUUUUUGUUUUUGUUUUUUUUAAUAACCUUUUACUCAAGAUGGACAGUCAUUGAUUGGUCUUUGAUUGUCCCUCCAUUGCUUGAGAUAAUUCUUUAACAUUUGCCCGAGCACUUAAAGAAGGACAGCGGGCGGGAGCGUGGGACACUUCGGUGUUAAACCGCGUGAAAACAGUUUACCUGAUGGUAACAUGCUGCCAGGGCACUCCAGAUAAAGUGGUUAUGGGGCCCAGAAUGUUCUUUAAAUAACCUUUUUUUAUGAAUGUGCAGACAUAUUUAAACAUCUUCACAAGAAGGGGUUAGGUUAAUCCUUCUAUAGCUGAACUGUUUAACAAUGUAUGUCAAUGUAUGUAUUUGUUUGCCUUAUUUUGUGUGAUAAGAAGAAAUGUGAAAAGGAAAGUUAUUAUGUAUACAUAAUAUUUCAUUUUUCCAACAGACAAAAACUUCAUGAAGAAUGGCUGCUUCGGGAGCAGAAAGCUCAGGAAGAAUUCCUUCUGAAAAAGGAGAGGGAGGAAGCUGUGAGAAAACGUGAAGAGGACGAGGUAUGGCAUGGUACACAACUUGUCCCUGUGUCAACAAUAUGAAGUAUAACUACGAUUUCUAAGAUACACAUUUGCAUUGUUAUUUAGACCCUACUGGUAGUUUCUGUGGUCCUGUUGGUUCUUAAUUUUGUAAAGAUGUGUGUGUGUAUGUAUAUAUAUAUCAAUAUAUAUUUUGCUCUAUUGGAUCACAAUAAUUUUAGUGUUCUGUUUAAUUUAUUUUUUGCUUUUUUUUCCUACUCUGUAGAGAAAGUUAAUAGAAGAAUGGCGAAAACAGGAAGAAGAAAAAGAGAAAAAUGAAAACCAGGAGCAACAACAGAAGAAGAAAGACAGAGAGGUGAUUCCUGCUCUUGGAGGAUAAACUCAUUCAUAUCCUAUUUCAGUUUUGCUGUCAUAGUACUGGUUAGAUAAUUUGUCAGUCUAUAUUAAAAGCCAUAGGAAGGUUUAUAUAUAUAUAUAUAUAUAUAUAUAUAUAUAUAUAAUAUAUAUAUAUAUAUAUAUAUAUAUAUAUAUGUGUGUGUAAUAUAUAUAUAUAUAUAUAUAAUGAUUUAUCAAAAAGCACACAUUACUUAAACAAGUAAUGCACAGAAUUUGAUAUAGGAUUUAUAUAUAUAUAUUAAGGACUCUUGUUCUCAGUGAAGUCCAGCACAAAUCCUAUGAAAGGUCAGGGGCUGUUAUUGCUCCCUCCUUGGUUCUGUUGAGUUAAUUUUAUUUAUUUAUAAAAUAUUUUACCAGGAUGGAUACAUUGAGCUUUCUCUCGUUUUUCAAGUAUGUCCUGGGUCCACGAAAUAUUGCAUUGAUAUGAUAGGUUACAAAAAAAAACACAAAACCAAUACUGCAGCACUCAUAUACGUGUCUUACAUGACACAAAAGAGAAUACUCUUAUAACUGCUGACACACAGUGCUGAUAGAUAUGCUUUAUUGCGACCCAGAUUCCCAUAGUUACCUACGCCACUUAACGGGACAGGUGGCUUACAAGCACAAACACUGUAUCGUUGCUACAUUACCACUUAUGUGUUGAACCAAAGCAUCAUUAUUUAUAGCCCUAGAAUUCACCACUGUUAAAAGCGGCCAACUCGUUAUAACUACCCAGCCCAUUAUAAAUAAAAAAUGUGCAAUGUUUGUUUCAGCCUAGUCUCUAGAUUGACAUGUUCAUUGUUAUGUCUCAUACAUAUGCUGUUGUGGCGUAUCCAAAUGUGUCUGUGCCACUGCUAUUGCACUGAAAAUAAAGAAUACAAAAAAAUACAAAAACAAUAUUCAUACACAAUAUAUACAAAAUUUAACAUAGUAGGAAAUAUAUAAUCAACCAUGACAGGUGCAUUCUGUUUUGAGGUAUGUAGAGAUGGAUCUCUUAAAUGACUUUAAGCUAGGGAAGGUGAGCGGGAGGUCGUUCCAUAAAUGCGGUGCUUUGUAGGAAAAGGAGGGUCGGGCUGCUUUCUUUUUGUAUUGAGGUAGACUGAAUAAAGUGCUGGAGCUUAUAGGAAGUGGGAACAGCCAAGGAGGGCAUUCUGCUCAGGUAGGAUGGGAGCUUCCCAGAAAAGCUCUUAAACACAAGGCUGGAAAGAUGAAGGGUGCGUCUGGAUUCCAUCGACAACCAAUUUAGUUAUUUUAGCAAAUCACAAUGGUGUGUCCUGUAAUUACAUUGUAACACAAAUUGGCAGAAUGAGUUAUACAAUGUAUUGAGUUUAUUAAUGUGGAUUUGCGGUGCAGGUGCAUAUACUACAUCCCCAUAAUCAAUGAUUGGCAUCAGCAUUUGCUAUACAAUCUUUUUCUUUACUUCUAGGGCUUAGGCAGGAUUUGUUUCUUUCCUGUGGUCGCUGCUACCACCCAGGAGUGAAUGGAGUGAGCGCAGGACUUAUCUUUUUGUAUUUGUAUUCACUUUUGGUAUCACACAGCUUUGUUACAAUGCUGCCACCCAUCCCAUGUGUUCCAUAUUAAGGGUUAAUAAGUAUAUAGGGGUGUAUAUAAAAAAUACUCCUCUCUGUCUCAUUAGAGAUAUCUUUGCCAGAAGCUGAAGGAAGCAAGGGGGGGGUCUGCCUUAAAGUUAGCAGACGGGCAUUCCUUCCAAUGGCCAUUGGAGUAACUAAAUGACCUCCAUUUGUUUAAAUAUACAUGGGGAUUUAGGAGAGAGCGCAGGUAACUUUUUUUUUCUUUGGUUUUUACUAUAUGUGUUGGGGCUGAUGUGUACUGUGGUCAUUGCUGCCGCCCAUGAGUGAUGGGAGUAAGCGCAGGUAUUGUAUUACGAUUUGUUUCUGUACAGGGCACCUAGUGCGGUAGAUUAGAUUUGCUUGCAUAGAUUACUGUCGUCUGCGUUAAUUUGAGGAUUUGCAGAUCAUUUAUAAAUAAUGUGAGUAGUAGGGGGCCAAGAACGGAACCUUGGGGAACACCACAUGUGACUAGGAGAGUGAGGGAGUCACUGUCAGAAAUGGACACAUAUUGCGUGUGAUCCGAUACAUAUGAUCGAAACCAGGUUAGCGAACAAUCACCAAUACCUGAGUUUUUGAGUUUGUGCAGUAGAAUGUCGUGGUCUACUGUGUCAAAGGCCUUUGCAAAAUCAAGGAAAAUAGCUCCAGUUAGGUCUCCUUGUUCCAUGCCAGUUUGGAUGAAUGUGAGCCAAGUGAACUGCACAUAUGCAUAUUUUUUUUUUUUGUUCACCUAUAGCAAUUGCUGAGUGGCUUUAUGCCAUCCAAGAUCCAUAAUGUGUGCAUUAUUGAAGCUUCAAAUAAAUCUUUAUAAGUUUUUUUAAGCAAUUCCAAUUGAUUGGCCUUUCAGUUUAACAGUGAUUAAUGGUUUGUUUUAUUCUUGGAAAUCUAGAAUGUACAGUGUGCAUGCGGGGUUUAUAAUUGAAAUCAAUAUUCUUGAUGAAUUGGUUCUAUUUAUUCACUUACUUAAAUAUGGAUAAAUCUAUGCAGUGUAUCCUUCAGAGAUUUUAUUUGUUCUGUUAUGUGAUUAGGUCUGAUUUUAGCACACCAGUUUGCAUAAAAAUAAUUACAAAACUAGCAUAUUCAGAUCCACUCUUUGUCUGGGAGGCCUAUUAAAAUGUAAAAUUUUCUUGUGCGAAAAGUGGAACGUUUUCUUUAUUAAUUAAUAUUAUAUUUUCCAGUAUUUAAAAAUAAAGGGAAAUUCUAUGUCACGGCUCAAGAUUUGAAAUCCUAUGAUAUUAGUGAGGCCUUAAGUUACUCACAAGGGCUAAAUAUUCAGUCAUCUAGAGUAAGUAGAAAAUUAGAUUCUUGCUCUAAGUACCAUAACCACUACAGAGCAUUUGUUAUCUGACUGCUUUGACCCAGUGAAUAAUGUCCAAUGUUAUGAAUUUAUGCUUUAGCAUAUGACUGCAGACUGGUAAGCCCAACUAUAGCAGGGGUGGAGAUUUUUCCAAAACAUCUCUUUUACGCUCAAUGUCGGCACUUGAAUUUAAUUCAGUAAUUUAAAUAUAUCGUUUUCCUUUUUGGUUGUUUAACACACAAUUUAAUUGUGGUUUUCAUGUAUCUAAUGGAUUUCUUUAGGCAGUGUAGUUGUAUGUAUGUUUUAUAGCUGUUCGUUCAAACUCCAUUCCUUAACAGAUUUCAAUUACAAAGGUGAUACUGCUCAGUCCUGAUUAUUUUCGAGAUGUAUCUUUUUUUUAAUCUUGAUGUUAUACAUUCUUAAAAUGCAUCUUCUCUUUUAAUUGUAACUUAGUGGCUCAAAAUAACUGUAGAAUGACACAAUUUGAUUAACCAUUUACAGGGAUAACUUUCUUCUUUUAACUAUCUUUUUAAAUAAGGGUGUGUAGAAGGGACACAUAGCCUUUAUAAUAAUUUUGUUGUGUCAGCCUAUUGUCUGGUGUGUCUGCUAUGGGUGACUAUUGUCUGGGCAAAGAUGAAAAAAAAAAAUAUAUACCAAGCAGGGUAGAAAAAUAUAAAUGAACUUGUUAAGAAAUAUCAAUAUCUGGAAUGCACUGCGCUAUUGUGUAGCUCAAAAAAAAAAAAUACUUCCAGAAAAGUAAUCCGUAAAAUAUACAGAACUAGAUAAGGGGGGAGCAGUACAGAAUACUAUGUAAAAUAAUACUAUAGUAGAAGAUACAUUUAUUACAUUAAAAAAGAUAUGUAAACAGUAGCAAAUAAAUUACCAAAAAUAUCAAGUAUAAGAAACAAACGAGUGCAGAUAAAGUAAUUUAACAUAAUGAGAUUGAUAGAAUAUUUUUAAAGUGUCCUCACACAAUAGAAACAUAGAAUAUGACGGCAAAUAAGAACCAUUCGGCCCAUCUAGUCUGCCCAAUUUUCUAAAUACUUUCAUUAGUCCCUGGCCUUAUCUUAUAGCUAGGAUAGCCUUAUGCCUAUCCCAGUCAUGCUUAAACUUCUUCACUGUAUAAUCCUCUACCACUUCAGCUGGAAGACUAUUCCAUGCAUCCACUACCCUCUCAGUAAAGUAAUACUUCCUGAUAUUAUUUUUAAACAUUUGCCCUUCUAAUUUAAGACUAUGUCCUCUUGUUGUGGUAGUUUUUCUUCUUUUAAAUAUAGUCUCCUCCUUUACUGUGUUGAUUCCCUUUAUAUAUUUAAAUGUUUCUAUCAUAUCCCCCCUGUCUCGUCUAUCCUCCAAGCUAUAUAUAGUCUGGCUCAUCUGUCCCCAAUAUAAAUAAUAUUCAAUUUUUGUAAUUUUUUUUGUUUGUGGAAAGUGAUGCCCUUAAAGUAUAUUCCUUUUAAGAAUAUUCUAUCAAUUUCUUGUUAAUUACUUUGUUUCAUUUCUUUCUCAGACUUGAUAUAUUUUGUUAAUUUAUCUGCUACUGUUUGUGUAUCUUUUUAUGUAAUAAAUGUAUCUUCAAUAGUAUUACUUGACAUAGUAUUCUGUGCUGUCUUUUCUAGUUCUGUAUAUUUUCCUGAUUACUAUUGCCUGGGCAAGUCACAGAACAUAACAUUCUAGAAAAUCAAUCUUAUUAAUUUAUAUUUAAAUGCACUUAACGUUCUUAACCCCAGAAUCAGAUACUGUGCAGCAUGGAGGUUCUUACUAGCCCUAUGUUUACACCAUUUCUAGGAGGCUGUACAGAAGAUGCUGGAUGAAGCAGAAAACCAGGUAAGGUCUAAAGAUUUCUUAUUCUAAGAAAGUGCUUUAGCUGCAGAACAAUGUAUGUAGGCAUGACCGUAGAAAUUGUUCUAGUAGGCUGAAAAGAAUGGGGAAGUCACCCCCCUCCCUCCCGCAGCCAUGUUGGCCUACCUCCACUUUUAUAAGGUGUGAUCAUUUGAAGCAACCCUGUUAUUUUUAUUGAUUUACUUAUUUUUCUUCCCUCACCCCCCCCCCUAUUCCUUUAUGAUUAUACUCCCUUGCCACUUGCCUUUAUAUGUGUUUAUUAUCUUUUUUCCACAUCACAAUAACUGGGCAUAGCCAUUUUGUUCUCUGCCUAUGAUAUUUGUCCUUCUGGGGGACUGAUGUUACGGAGGAUAGUGUGUGAAUUUUUGCUAUACUUAAGGAAAUGUAAUCCCUACUUUUCUUUAUGUAUUUUAAAGAGAUUCAGACACAGGGAUCUAUAUAGAAGCAGAUUAUAUGAAGCCUAUUUUUGGUGGAAUUUCUUGUUCCUUUUUGAAUAGCUGACUGACUACAUUCUACUUUCAUGUUGUCAUUCAAGCUAAAUGUUUGGUGAUUUACCAGUCUUAUAAUGUUUUAUCUGGGCUGUCUGAUCUAUGUAUACCUAUUCAUGUUUUAGCAUACUUUUUUUUAAUCCCUGUCUUUCCUUCCUAUUUCUUUCACAAAUCCUACUCCAUCCCCUCUAUAAUAUCAUUCUAUGUGUAAUUUGAUAUUAAUAUAUAAAAUAUUUUUUUCUAGCACUUGUAGAGCUUUUUUUCACUGCAAUCUCUGAGUAGAAUGGCAUCUGAAUGUAUAACGGCUUUUUAUGUGUAUACUGCAAAUAGCAACUGGUUUCAUGGUAGAGUAUCUGUUUAGCUCUUGUUCUGUAUAGAAUGGUAAAGAAAAGCAACUCAAAUUACCAAUGGCUUUGAUCCAUACUUUUUCAAGCGGCUUGAAUAAAAUCUAUACUUAAAUACCAAGCAUGUUAAAGUAAUGGUUAUUGUUUAUGAUGGAUGUAAUCUACAAGGAUGUUAUAGAAGAGCUACAUUUAAAGGAACCUUCCAAGCCAAACUGUAGUAGUGAUGGUGCCAGGAGUUCCCAAAAUAAGUAAUACAACCAUUUUAAAACCGUUUGACAACUUACCUGGGUGUUGCUGCCACACCACCUCCGCUGUAAGGACUUUAGAAAGUAAUUAACCUAUGAAAUAGGAUAAGCAUAAUGGCUCGUUUAUUAGUUUAGACAUAUAAUCUGUAAUUGUGGUGUUUGUCAACAAAAUCUGACUUGAAUGGUAUUCACAUUGAGAUGCUUAUUUUCUGAAUAGCUGGAGAAUGGCGAUACUUUUCAUAACCCAGAAACCCCGAAAGGAUAUGGCACAGAAAGGGAUAGAGCAAAUUGUCCAUUCUAUCUAAAAACUGGAGCUUGCAAGUUUGGGGAAAGGUAAAAAUCUACUUUUUUUUUAUAUUUUUUUGUUUAUUCCAUGGAUAUAUAGCUCAGAUUACUUCCUUUCAAAGACAUGAGGUCACAGGUGAAUUUGAUCUUUGAGAAAUAUACAUGCACAUGUAUAUGUUCCAUUUUAGAAAAAAACAAAAACAUAUGUAUAUAUAUAUAUAUAUAUAUAUAUAUAUAUAUAAGCUAUAGCUAUAGCUAUCAUAUGAGACAUGACUUGGUAACAAUGUGAGCAAAAGGUGUCAUAUUUCUUAUAACACAGUGAUUCUUUAAGAAUAUUAAUUAAAAUAUAAUCCCCACUGUAUAGCACCCUUCACUCCAGUCCUAAAUGGAAGGUGGUCAGGCGUUACCAAAUUUGCAUUUGAUCAAUUUUCCAUUUAAUGCCCUAGUUGUUACUUUAUAUCUCUAUGCAACUAACUAGUUGUGUAAGCGGAAUCUUUAAUGCAUCGAUAUGCACUUUAACACUUGCACCGUUCAAUUAAAAAACAAAUAUAUAUAUAUUUUUUUUACUUUAGGUUUCUUUUCUUUGAUGUAACAAAUUGUAUCAAAACUUCAGAUAUAAUUGUUCAUUCUUUUAUCUUUUUUCUUUCCAUGUUACACAGGUGUUCUCGCCGGCACAACUAUCCAUCUUGUAGCCAAACACUCCUUAUACGUGGUAUGUUUAUAACAUAUGGUAUGGAGCAGUGCAGACGGGAUGAUUAUGACACAGAUGCCGGUCUCGAAUAUGGUGAAGAAGAGAUAUACCAGCACUUUUUAGAUUUCUACGCUGAUGCGGUUCCUGAAUUUAAAAGCGUUGGCAAACUGGUUCAGUUCAAGGUAAGUCAGCUUGGAACAGAAAGUAACAGUUCAUGCGUCUUGAGUAAUGAGUGCCACAUCAUGAUUUGCAUAAUCACUUUAUAAACUGGAACUAAUACAUUUGUUCUCUAACAGAAGAUUGCUAUAAUACACUACAACAAUGAUGACUUAAUAUAUUUAUCCCAGAGAAUAACCAUACUCUAAUAUGCUAAAGUUUGAGCACCUCUAAAGGAAAAGAAGGUAGCACAGUAUCUUCACUGUACAAAGAAACUCUGCAUGUUUCUGUAAAUUUUAGUGCGUAUUCUAUUUUCUGAAAUUAACUGAUUGCAAUAUAAAAUGCAAAUGUGUCAUUUUCAGAAAUAUGGGCACCAUUUUAUUCAGUACUUGUUCACGGCCUUUAAACUCUAGGAAGCCAACACUCUUUCUGUUCUUGUUUAAGGAAUUGUUUUCCACACUUCCGUACAUUCGGUUGCUGUAUCUGCACUAUAUGUUUUUUCGAUCAACCCAGAGAUUUUCAGUAAUUUUCCAAGUAGAAUCAUUGUUUUGUCAUAAUUUUUACCAUCUUUUCAGCUUCAGUUUUUCACUCACAUUGAGUCACUUGUGUCUAGAACGGGAGUAGGCAACCUUUGGUAAUCCAGAUGUUUAAAACGAUAAAUCCCCUGAUGCUUUGCCAACAUUAUGGCUGUAAGCGUGUUAUGGGAGAUGUAGUGCACAACACAUGCCAAAGAUUUGCCUACUCCUAGGGUAUGUUGUUGUUGUUGUAUUUUUUUUUUUUUUAGCAGAAUCAAUUCUUCUCUCUGCCCUUACUGAAUUUCCCGUGCCACUGGCAGCCACCCAACUCUAAAACAUAAUAGUUCCACCUUCAUACUUAGCAGUUGAAAAGUUGUUCUAUUCUUCAAAUGUUUCUAGUUUUUAUUUUUAUCCAAACUUACCUUUGGUGAUUGUAGCUAGAAAGCUUGAUGCACAAUUCCGCUUCUGUUUUUAAAACAAACUUCUGAAAUAAAAGGAAAUCAUGACAUGUCACACAAGUCAUGUGUCCUUAAGGGGUUAAAUAGUAUUUUGGACAGUGGAGCUUUCAAGCAGGAAUUGAAUUGUCUUUUUUUUUUUUUUUUACAAUCUUCCUCUGCUUUAAAAUAGUAAAUUUUAUAUUUUUUGACCCUUAGCCAGCUGCUUAGCAUAGCCCAUUGUAGUUUUAGGAUAUGUACAACACCAUGAGUGCUUUCAAGUCCAGGCCAGAGGAUUUGUUAAGUUCUGGAACUGUCACCACAAGACUUUAAUCAAGGCUUAAUGAGUCAGUUUAGCCAAUUAGGAUUCUGAGUCUGUUAUAAAGAAAGCCACUAAUGGAUCAAUUUUACAUGCCACAUUUACUUUUUUUCAGUGUUAAAUUCAACAAAUAGUAAAUGGGCACAAACUUUUUCAAACAUUAGUUGAACUUGUUCACAAUUGUUACAACUUAUUUUAACAUAGAAAAUAAAAAAAAAUGCUGCGUAGAACACCUGUAGAAUAGUGUUAUUUCAAGAAAUUUACAAAAUAUGUACCCAUUGUUGCAUAUGCGAUUUGUUAUGAGCAAAUGUGGUGCAUUAAGUUUAACGUUGCGUUUGUUUUGUUAACUAGUUUGCUAACUCUUUGGAAGCCUUAUAACACCACACAGUAAUUCUAACUAAUAUAAUGUUCAAACCAGUGUAGGACAAUAUUACAUCUUUUAUCAACCAAAUUGUGAGGUUUUGUUUCUUUCAAACAAGAUUUCUGUUUCAGUCCUUCUUUCUAUAUAAUUUUAAAAAGACUCCAAGCUCCAUAACUCCUACAGUCUUCUGUAGUGCUAUAUGAUGCCAUCAGCACCCUGGUGCCAUCCCAGUGUACGGAGCUGGACUAGCUCAAUGCAGGGAGCUUGCAGGCUGCAGAGAAGCAAUGACCGGCAGACCCCAGAAAAAAAUAUCCUAAAUGUUUUGACUACAUACACUUGAAUGGCACCAGGGCACUCUUGGCACCUUAAAAACUACAGGAGGCUGUACUGGUUAUAGUGAUUGGGCUGUUUCUUCAAAUAAAACUUUUCCUUUCUUGUUUGUUUCCUUGUGAAUGUUAAAUGUCCUCAGGCUAGUUAAAGGGACAUCCUAAGCUGGAGUGGUCCCUCGUCAAUUUUAAUGCAUCACAUAGUUAGUUAAUUAAAAACUAUAAUCAAAAAUUUAAAACCGAUACAUUUGCCUAUAGUAUAUCCUUUAAAUUCUUGCUGUGGUUCACCAAUGGGCACAGGCUGCCUUAUUCAGGUAAGAUGUAUGAAUCAGACUGCUUCAUUUGCUGGCUUUGUAUGCCAUACAUUAUACACUUGUGUAGUGUUAAGCUGCCUUACUGGGAACGUCAUGUAAGUAACUUGACUGCCAGGGGGAAACAAGCGUUUAAGUUUUUUUGUUUUUUGUUUUUGUACAUCACUGCAGAUAUAAGACCGUGUACAGGGAUAAGACUGUGUACAGGGACACCGGAGCAGGUGGCCAAUGAUAGUGAAAGGAUCCUAAGUAAUAUUCUCCUAGCCAUGUUCUAUUUCCCUUCUCCCUCCCUUUACGUUCCCUUCACUUUCUCUCCUCACAGUAUUAUUUGCCAUUAGAAUUUGUAUUUUAAAAAAAAAUAGUUUGCUAUUAAUACUGUUUCAUAUCAUUUAAAUAACCUGGAAAAAGAAACUGAUACUUCGGUAUAGUAACUUCUUUGCAUUCGUAUGUUCUGGUAAUGGCCUUUGUAAAUAAAAUCCAGAAAAUUGACCUGAUACCAUUUCUACAGAUGUCCUCUGUGACACAGCUUUCUUAGAAUGAAAUAACACUACUUGUACACUGAGCAUUUUCAUGCUGUAUAUCAUGUCGAUUCUUGUAGUGGAAGAUGCUGAAUUAGUUCUACCUAAAUUAGCUGCUUCCUUGCUUUUAGAAGCAGAACGCUGCUUAAAUGCCUGCUCUACUCGUGACUAAUAUGUUUUCUAGGGAUAAUUACUCCAUUUACUGAAAUGCCAUGUAGCUAAAAACAAAGUAUAAUGGGAAUGGACAAAAAGCUUACUGUCAGCCCCAUGAGUAGUUUCCACUCUGGAUGGCGUUUUAGCUCACUUUGCUAUCGCAAACAGAACCAAUGCCAUUAGCAAAUCCAGGCCUCACUUGGAUAGAUUGGCCUCGCUUAGAUUGGUAGUAACUACAGACUGAAGAAAACAAGCAAACACUACACACACAGUUGCAAUAUAGUUAAAGUUUCUCUUUGCUCUUCAAUCUAAGUGAGGCCAAUCAAUACUUUUGUUUGUUCUUCUACAUGAUAUUUUCUGGUUAAUUUGAGCUAUUGCUAUUUCCAUAAGUAUUGAUGUGGGGUUUUUAUUUUUUUGGACUUUUUUUAUGACGUGUAACUGCUUUAUGAAUAGUUCUAACUUUAUUCUUAAUUUCAGGUUAGCUGCAAUUUUGAGCCCCACUUAAGAGGAAACGUAUAUGUUCAAUACCAAACGUAAGCAUUUUUGAUUUUCUUUUUCUUCCCUCACAGCAUUGUUCCUAUACAGCUAUGUUGGAUAAUAUUGUUUUUCUGCAACAUUUACUUUUCUGUUGCUAGGGAGGAAGAAUGCAUGCAGGCAUUUUCCUUGUUUAAUGGUCGAUGGUAUGCAUCGCGACAGCUUCAGUGUGAGUUCUCACCAGUAACUAGAUGGAGAACCGCUAUAUGUGGUAAGUGGUAAUGAUUUUUCAUGGAUAGUUUGCUCCAAUAUGAACAUGCCUUUCUGUGUUGUAAUUGAAUGUAAUAGCCUAAUGUGUUGCAGUAAAGUGUCAGACUUUGAACCUCCAUCAAGUGCUUACUCCUAGUAGUGAGGUCUUAUCUCUUGGAAGUAACAGGAAUUCAUUAAUCCUAACUGUUACAAUGUAGUAGUUAUGGUGUCAUGGUGAUGUCCUCUUGCUUUCUGUUUUCUUGUCUUGAAGGACUGAAUGUUUGUGUGUGGCACACCAUGUCUUUCUAAUAUCCGUGCAUAUGGGUCUUUUUCUCUCAAUGAGGACAUGUUACUCGUUAUGUUAACCAUGACAUGGACUGUGUUUCUUUCCCAUUCUCUUUGAUUAUUGUGAGAACUGUUUGGGAGAUAUCCUUAUUGUUUGCUCAAUAUAUCUGACGUGUGCAGUAAAGGAAGAGAAGAACAAGAGCUUGGGAUUGGACAGUGUAUUCUAAAAUGGGUGCCUUUAAAAUUUUAUCUUUGUGGCAUUCACUGAGAUUCUAAAACUUUGUGAAUGAUACUGCUCUGUAAAGGAGAGUUUAUUUAUUCAGCAUUCAGAGUUAAUACUUGUGUGUGAAUAAUCAGUCUUGUCAAAGUCUAGAAGCUCUUUGAAAUGGAAACAACAUAACAAAAGGGAGUCCCUGGGGAAUAGGAAUCCUUGUAUUUAAAACUUAUUUUGCUCUGAGGGUUCAUGUGUGUCUUGAGAGUUUGCAUUUAUGGAAUAUGAUUAUAUGGAGCAGAAAGAGAAACAGCAGAACUGUAUAGUGCGUGGAGAAUUUUUAGGUAGGACACAGUGUUAUGUUUUUGUCCAUAUCUGUGUAUUCCUGUUGUAUACAAAGAGGCUUUUUAUUGAAAGCAAUACAUUAACUAUAGAAGUAUGGUGAUUGUGGAUAAAUUUGGCUUUUAAAUUUGUAUGAUUUUUUUUUACCUUUGUAAGCGUUAUAUAAUGAGGAUAUUUUAUGGUACGCAGCAGAGAGAAGUGUGCCAUCCAUAUAUUGUGAAUGAGGAAGGAGUAAAACAUAGAAUUGAAAAAGCCCAAGCUUAGUUGUAGAAUAUUACAAUGUUCCUAUUUAUAUUCAUAGUAGGCAUGGAUGUCUGGGUUAAAAAGAACAGAUGGUACUUUGCUAUGCUGUACCAUGAGAAUUCUGGAAUGUGGAUUGGGGUUUUUGUCCUUAUAUUACUAGGGUUAUACUCUAACGUCAUUAUGGUCAUAUCUAUAUAGAAUAGUAAACAAAGGACCACGAUGUUCUUCUUGUCCGGCUGUUUAACUGUGUAGAACUCUCCCUUCACGAAUCCAGCAAUUACCAUCCUUGGGGGGGGUGACCAAUCACUAAAUAAAGUGAUUGUGAUCAUGUCACAGAGGUUUUAUAGCGCUGAGGAGGCGUAUGCCAUCCUUGCGUUAGAGCAUGGGUCGUCAACCUGGUCCCUACCGCCCACUAGUGGGCAUUUCAGGAUUCCAGGUGGGCGGUAGGGAUUUCAGAGAUUGGGUGGGCGGGUGCGAGCCGGCGGUACCCGUGCGACCGGGUACCGCCGUCACCAUUUUCGGCCCUGGCCCACGUGGCAAACGGCCGGGGCCGCCACCCAAGGGGUCCAUCGGGUGGCCCAUGCUGUCAGGGCCACCCGAUGGAUGUGGAUUGAGAGGGGGCCCGGUCAGCGCUGGGCGCCUUAACAGCGCGACCGGGCCCCCUAUUAUUACAUCACACGCUGGGAGGAAGUGACUGCACGUCACUCCUCCCAGCUAAAACUGAGAGCCGCGCGGGAGGAAGACCAGGGAGUCAGAGUGGGAACUCUGACUCCCAUGCACCUGAGCCACCACUGGACCCCAGGGAAAGUCACCCUCCUGCACCUAAAAGGUAGGAAACAGGAGGGUGACAAAAAUAUUUUGUGUGUAUGUGUCUUUGUAUGUAUGUCUUGUGUGUGUCUAUGUAUGUAUGUCUUGUGUGUGUGUGUGUGUGUCUAUAUGUAUGUAUGUGUGUGUUUGUGUCUUGUGUCUGUCUGUAUGUGUGUAUGUGUACCUGUCUGUUUGUAUGUAUGUGUGUGUGUUUGUGUCUGUCUGUAUGUGUGUAUGUGUACCUGUCUGUUUGUAUGUAUGUGUACCUUACUGUUUGUAUGUAUGUGUGUGUCUGUAUGUAUGUGUGUGUCUGUAUGUAUGUGUGUGUCUGUAUGUAUGUGUGUGUCUGUAUGUAUGUGUACCUGUCUGUAUGUAUGUGUGCCUGUCUGUGUGUGUGUGUGCGUGUCUGUAUGUGUGCCUGUCUGUUUUUCUGUAUGUGUGCCUGUCUGUUUGUAUGUAUGUGUCUUUUUAUGUGUGUGUGUGUAUGUAUGUGUGUGUCUGUCUGUUAUAGUGGGCUAUAGUAAGUGGGCUACCGAGCUAAGCCUUCCUACUGGGCAUUGCUAUAAGGAAGGUUACAAAAUAGAAAAAAGGGAUAAAAAAGGUGGGGAGGGGAAUUGAGGAGGGAGAUGAGAUGAGCUGACGCACAGAUGAGAAAUCCUAUUAUGCGCAAACAGAGAAGUCGUCUGAAUAUCACCGAAAGAGGAGACCUUCGUUUGUUCCUUACGAAAAUCGAACCAGAUAUCAAAUAUUUAGUCUUGCAGCAUCAGCCUCAAGGAUCUCAUUAAUCACUAGUAAAGGUAAUUUCAAUUUACUUUAUUGUUUUCCAAUUAAAAUUUAUAAAGUUAAAAAUAUUAUAAACAUGCAUUAUGUAGAAAUAAAAAGAUAAAUGUACGUACAUUUUUUUUUAAAAACACCCUCCUUUCUAAAAAAUAUUCCGCACUUGCGCGAAAACUGGUGGGCGGUAAGGAAAUUUUUCCAUCAAGAAAGAUGCAUUAGUGGGCGGUAGGUAGAAAAAGGUUGACUACCACUGCGUUAGAGUCUGACUCCGACCUAGAUUUUGACCCUGCCAGGUGCUCAGAUACAUCACUAGAUACAGUGUCUGCUGCUAGUGAUGUAUCUUGUUAUGAUAUAUCUGUGGCUGCUAGACCCCAUGCCUCAAAGAGACGUGCUGCUCGAGCUGGCAGUGCUGCUGAGGAAUGGGCAGCGCCUCAUCAGAGGCCAGAUAUCCCACCCUUUACCGCAAAUCCUGGCAUCAAUGUGGAUGUCGCAGGAUUUAGCCCCCAACAGUUUAUGGAGGUGGCAGUAACACAUAACAGGAGCUGAUAAUCAAUGCCUAAAGUACAAUGUGCAUGAAAAGUGUUAAAAUGCCACCAUUUGAAAUAACCUAGGGUGUCUACUUUUCAAAAAUAUAUGGUUUGAUGGGGGUAAAAUACAUUGCCGACUUCAAAAAUGUCCCAAAUAGGACAUGGGUGCAUGAUGACCAGCUGUGAAAAGUCCAAGUUGGAAAACUGCAAUGCGCACCCUCCAAAUAAGGUCUUUUAGCCUCCAGAGAACCUGACACACCUGUACAUGGUUGGUAUCACUGUAUUCAGGAGAUGUUGCUGAACUCAUAUUGCGGUGUUCUUUGUCAGUAACACAUAACAGGAACUGAGAAUCCAUGACUAAAGUACAAUCUGUGUGAAAAAUAACCCAAAAAAUGACUACCCAAAAGUUUGACAAAGACUGGUGGUAGAAUUAGUCACUAAGGGGUUAAAGUAUGUAAUAAAGUAGUUGUAUUACUAAAUUUUUUAUCUUAUGGCUUUAUAUUAUUAUAUAACUAAUUCUCCUCUUUCCUUGACAUAGGUUUAUUUGAAAGACAGAAGUGUCCCAGAGGGAAGCACUGUAACUUCCUUCAUGUGUUUAAGAAUCCAAAUAAUGAAUUUUGGGAAGCAGACAGAGACUUCCAUUUGUCCCCUGAUAGAACUAGCACCUCAGACAGGAGAGAACGGUCAGGACGUUUAGAAGAGUAUGGCUUCUCUAAGCGGCAUCAUAGUCCAAGCCCUGAUUACUCAAGCAAGCGAAAUGGGGAAUCUAAGAGGCACAAAAGUAGCCAUCAUCACAAAAACAAGAAGCAUCGGUCACGCCGAUCGAGAAGCCGAGAAAGGCGGUCACGUAGCAGGGGCCGAAAAAAGCAUAAGCACAAGAGCCGCAGUCCUUCCAGAUCCAGAAGCCGCAACAGACUGUCCAGAAGCAGAUCUGCAAGCUGCAACAGAAGAUCGAGAAGCCGGAACAGACGGUCCAAAAGCAGAUCUGGAAGCCGCAGCAAGAGAUCUAGAAGCCGGAACAGACGAUCCAAAAGCAGAUCUGGAAGCCGCAGCAAGAGAUCUAGAAGCCGGAACAGACGAUCCAAAAGCAGAUCUGGAAGCCGGAACAGACGAUCCAAAAGCAGAUCUGGAAGCCGGGACAGACGAUCCCAAAGCAGAUCUGAAAGCCACAGCAGGAGGUCCAGAAGCUGUGAUAGGUGGUCCAAAAGUAGAGAAAAAUCAGAGAGCCCCACAAGUCAGAAAUAGCAGACAAGGUAUUUCCAUUAAGUUUAUAUCAAGUAAAUAAAUGCUGUUGGGUUUAACCGUGUCCCCUCUUUCACAUUUUAUAUAACACCCUAUUUCAAGAGAAAAUAGCACUGUUAUAAAAGUGCUAAAUUGCACCGUCCCAGCUGUCAGACAGUACAAAGUGGAAGGCAAUUUUUCACAUGGCAUGCAUCCUGCCCUCAAUGCCUCUCUCCUGGCAGGUGGGGCAGAACUGCAGUUAGGGACCCUCAUACUGGUGGAUAAGAGUAAAGUUAAGCAUAAAUGGGAGCGCAGGAGUCUUUGGAAACACUUCAGUGAAACCUCUGAGUAAGUGGCCAAAUUAAUGUGUGAAUAGGAGCAAUUUGGCUGUUUAUCUCCAGCCAGGUUCCAAACUAUGUCCCGAGUUGAAGUAAGAGAUGUUCUUUAGCUGCAGAUUCUGAGAUCUCAGUUUGACACGCCUUGACCUAAACACUUUUAAUGUAAAAGUCCACUAUGGGGAGUUUUAAAGAUCAAAACAAAAAACUACGGGGUAGCUACACCUUUUGGAAGCUAUGGUUGGUUCUCCCAUCUAAGAAAUCCAUCUUUAAAUUUGGGAAUUGUGAUAUAUAUAUUGCAAAGAUAUGGGCUUACAUGUAUACCACUGUACAGUCCAAUAAGAAUACUUCAACUAAGAGUAAUGUUUAUAUUUGCGUAAACUAGAAUUGUAGUGUAGAAUUGCCCAUUUAUUCCGUGUCAGAAUGGAACACAUGUUCACAUGGUACUGAAUGUUCUCUUUAAAACUUGACAUUUCAGCAACAUAACAAAUUGCUUAUUUUCCUGAUUGAUGUCUUGAUUAGUGCAGCAGGAUUAUGCAGAAACUGCUGGACCAUUCACAGCAGUUUAUUGCUAUGCAUUGUGUAAAGGUUAAAAUGUACUAAAGCAUCAAAUACGUUUGAUCAAUAGAUGCAGCUGUGAACACAAAUGACUUCUUUUUUUUUUCAUGAAAAUGUGUAAGCUUUUUAAUAAAGAGCACGCUAAAGCAAAAUGUAAAAGAUUAAGCUUUAAUUUAACUACAGCCAAAGAAAAAGUUACCUUCGCACUAUCCCAAAUCCCUAAUGCACAUUUAAAUAGAUUUUUUUAGUUUCACUCCAGUGGCCAGUAAAAGGGUAAGCCCACCUGCCACGUCAAGGCAAACCUCUUAGGUGAGUCUUACACUAAUAAGUCACCUUGUUGCUUUCAGCAAGAUGAAUGGCACCCCAUGUGUUCCCUAUUAAGGGUUAAUAAGUAUGUAGGGGUUUAGAAAGAUACCCCUCUUUGUCUCAUUACAGAUAUUGUCUUUUAGGUUAAAGCAGCAAGAUGAAUUGUUAGUGUUAGACUCACUUAAGAGGUUUGCUUUGACGUGGCAGGUGAGCUUAACAUUUAAUGGUUAUUGGAGUGAAACUAAAAAUACCUCCAGUUAUUUAAAUGUGUACUAUGGUCAUUGCUGCUAUCCAGGAGUGGUGGGAGUGUGAGCGCAAGACUUUUGUGUGUUUUUAUUUCAAAAAUAGAUCUCUGCAUCCAUAAUAUUUAAAUGCCAUUGCCUUGAACCAAACAUACCAUAGAGCUGGUUUCCUAAACUCUAAGCUCGUUUGAGCAGGGUCUUCUUCCACCUACUGUUCCUGUAAUUUUUGUAAUUGUCUCAUUUAUUUUUAAAUCUCCCCCUUCUAUAAUAUUGUAAAGCGCUACGAAAUUUGCUGACGCUAUAUACAUGCCAAUAAUAAUUAUAGUCUUAUUGGCUGUAAUAAUUCUAAAUGGUCACUAAUUGUACAAAGUUAUUGUAAUAUAAUGUAUUCAUGGGUGUACAGAUUAACUUCUAUUCCCAUCCAGAUGUUUUAUUGGAGAACCACCUGGAUUGCCCCGUUUUUUUUUUUUUCUCCAAUUCUCUCUGGCUGCUAUGCCGCAAUGAGUUGUGCAUGAUACAUGCAGUGCCUUCUCAGUUUGGAGAGACAGUGCUGCAUGGGUUAAUUUGUCCAUGCAUUCAGCCUCCCUAACCAUCACUUGGUCCCUUUGUGCUCAAACAAUACAAAUAUAUGUUGGAUCAGUCUCACCUUUUAUUUGCUCGCAAUUCAGUCAGCACAAUGUACAGAAUGCCUUUAAAUUAAGUUUACUUGUGUGGGCUGCUCAAUAAUAGUGUGUGACUCCGCAGUGCACAAUCCUGUUCUCUGGGUAACUUAAUUGCAAGGCAGUUUACAUUUUUUGUUUGUUUUUCAGGUAUUGUGGUAAAUCACAAAUAA